AGACAACCGGUAGUAGAAGAAGAAGAAGAAGAAGCACAUGUGGUCUUCUUCGCGUGUUGAAAGCAGGAGCAGCUAAGAAUUUAAAGAUUAUUGUUGACCGUCGGUUAUUGGUAGGAGAGCUCGGUCAGGAUGACGAAGGUGAAGAAGGAGAAGGCGGCGGCGGACGCGGAGGAGGCGGCGGCCCCCGGAGGGACCGAGAAAUCCUACGAGGAGCUGAUCGCGAACCUGAACCAGGUCGCUCAGCCUCUGGCCUCCAGAAAACUCAGCAAGAAGCUCUACAAAUGCGUCAAAAAAGCUGCUAAAGUGAAGAACAUCCGGAGAGGAGUGAAGGAAGUUCAGAAGUUCAUCAACAAGGGAGAGAAGGGGAUUGUUGUGUUGGCUGGAGACACUCUACCCAUCGACGUCUACUGCCACCUGCCGGUCAUGUGUGAGGACAGGAACCUGCCCUACGCCUACAUCCCCUCCAAAGUGGAUCUGGGUUCGUCAGCGGGCUCCAAGAGGCCGACCUGCGUCAUCCUCAUCAAGCCUCACCAGGAUUAUCAGGACGCUUACGACGAGUGUAUGGACGAGGUGUCCAACCUGCCCAAAGCCCUCUGAGCCAAUCAGAGAUCACCUACAGCCACGCUAACACUUUCCACCUGUUGCCAGUGUUUGUGCUAAGAUAAUGCUAACCACCUUGUGGAGCUCAGUUUCCCAGCUGGAGGAAAAAUGAUAUUUUUCUACGACUGAUUUCUGUCUGUAAAAACCCGCGUUUGUUUUGUAUGAAAGAUGAUGUUUGUGAAAUGUGUUCGUUGUUUUCUUUUUAUUAUUAAAAGACGUGUGAAGAGUCUGAA